AUGUCUAGCUCCGACUCUAUCAGAAUGGUCUUGAUUGGCCCACCAGGUGCCGGUAAAGGUACCCAAGCCCCAAACUUGGUUGAAAGAUUCCAUGCUGCUCACUUGGCCACUGGUGACAUGUUGAGAUCCCAAAUCUCCAAGGGUACCGAGCUGGGUCUACAAGCCAAGAAGAUUAUGGACCAAGGUGGUUUGGUCUCCGACGACAUCAUGGUUAACAUGAUCAAGGAUGAGUUGACCAACAACCCUGCCUGCAAGAACGGUUUCAUCCUAGACGGUUUCCCAAGAACCAUCCCACAAGCCGAAAAGCUAGAUAACAUGUUGAAGGAAAGAGGUACUCCACUAGAGAAGGCCGUCGAAUUGAAGAUCGACGACGAGCUAUUGGUCGCCAGAAUCACCGGUAGAUUGAUCCACCCAGCCUCCGGUAGAUCUUACCACAAGUUGUUCAACCCUCCAAAGGAAGACAUGAAGGACGACGUCACCGGUGAACCACUGGUCCAAAGAUCCGACGAUAACGAAGAUGCUUUGAAGAAGAGACUAGGUGCCUACCACGACCAAACUGAACCAAUUGUCGAUUUCUACAAGAAGACCGGUAUCUGGGCCGACGUCGACGCUUCUCAACCACCAGAGACCGUCUGGUCUGCUAUCCUAAAGGCUCUAGGUAAGAACUAG